UUGUGUAAUGUGUUGUCAUUUGUGAUUGACAGAAAAAUAAAAACGGCAACAGUGCAAUUUUUAUUUUUACAGUUUCUACUAAGUUUAAGGGUGAUUGGUUUUCUUCGGGGCAAAUAAACAUAUUUUAGGAUUAUUUUAAGCAAUAAUGCAGUGAUUGCAUAGCUAGUUAGUUUCGUGGCGCGCUGUGACCCGUGUAUAAGGGUACCGUUACUCUUUAUUUAUGAAUGUGGGAAUCUUUAAUAGAGUUAACAUUAAAAACAAAGACAGUGACGGAAUGUAUGACGAAUGGAGCUCCCUGCCCCUGGAGGGCGGAGGGCGAGGGGUGCUCGGCGCCGUCGGCGGCCGGGAGGUGGUGCUGGCGGUGGUGAAGCAGCUCGCCUCGCAUGAGCCCAGUCCACUCACCACUGAUGCCGAGGUGGAGUGGGUGCUAGAGGUGAUCCGGUUCGGGCUCUCCCUCCCGCUGUCGGAGCACGGCGCGCUGCGGGACUGCGUGCGCGUGCUGUGCGCGUGGCUGGGCGCGCUGCUGCCGCCGGCGCCGCCCGCCAUGCCCGCCGCGCCCGCCGUGCCCGCGCCCGUGCACGCCGCGCCGCACCGGUACGCGCGCAAGAUACUCAGGCAUCUGCAGAACCUGUUUGUGCCCAGGCCUAAUGAGAGCGGCGACCUGAUCAGCAAGCAGGCGGUGUUGUGCCACCGCGUGCUGCGGCUGGUGCGUGCGCUGGCGGAGCGCGGGUCGCUGGGCGCGGGCGAGUGGCGCGCGCUGCUGGUGCUGCUGCUGGCCGCGGCCGCCGCGCUGCUGGCGCCGCCCGCCGCGCCGCACGGCGCCGCCGAGCAACUCUGCGAGCGCGUGCUCUGCGUGCUCUUCGAGGUAUGGAUCCUGGCGUGCCACCUGCUUCCGUCGCCGGCGCUGUGGCGCACGCUGCGCGAGCACUGCAUGCGCUGGCGCCACCGCGCGCCGCUCACGGACCACUGGGCGCGCGUGUCGCUGUGCCUCACGGCGCGCCUGCUCACCAUCCUCUACGGGCCCAUGUUCCCCGCGCUGCCCAUCGCCGAGGAAGACGCGAACCUGAUCCCGGCGGACAUGAGCUCGGAGGCGGUGAUACAGACGUGGUACCGCAUCCUGCACACAAUCGGCAACCCCGUGGAUCUGUGUCGGCCGCACAUCAUCAGCCAGACGCCGGAUUUCUUGCAGUACUCUAUAACGCAAGAGGAGGGUAACCGCGACCCGAGCCAGCACCCGUGCCUGCAGGCGCUGCCCGCCAUCUUCCACAAGGCCAUGAAGGGCAUCGCGGCGCACGUCGACGCCUUCCUCGGCACCUACACAGGCACCCCGCGGACCUCGCUCAUCGGUUUGACGAGCAGCAGUCGGCCGGCUAGUGUAGCGCCCACCACUCCGCCAAACUCUAUCACCUCGCAAGUGGGGGACUCAGAAAAGCCACCACUUACUCCAUUACGUCCGAAGGUGAAUUCAAUCUUUCAUUUGUUCGGAGAAUGGUUGUUCGAAGCGGCCCUCAUUGGAACCACGCCCACUUACAACAACAAUCAGCAACGCACGGAUGGGACGCCGCCGCCGCCGUUGAUGUCGGAUGCUGCGUAUAAACUGAGCAUGUUGGCCUACCAACCAGGUCGCGCGGAGGCGCUGGGCGCGGUGUGCCGCGUGCUGUGCGCCAAGCCGUGCCGCGAGGAGGUGCUGGCGCCGUACCUGGCGCGGUGCUACGCGGCGCUGCACCGCGGCCUGCGCGACCCCGCCACCGCCGCCGCCGUCGUGCUCAACGCGCCGGACCUCUUCAGGCUGGAUUUGGACGGAGUGCUAGUCUUAGUGCCAGACUUCGUAAACGCUCUAGAGCAAAUCCUGCCGGAACGUGAGCCGAAGCUAGAGUGCGGCUCCAUAGACAAGAGAGAGUUGCGCAAGGCGGCCAUCAGUGCGCUGUUGUCUUUGGUCGCGUUCCCCUAUCAUUAUAAAGGAUUGCCGGUGCCAGAGUUCCCCGGAUGUAAUGAGUACGCGGGCAUGACGCUGGGCGAGCUGACGCGCGGCAAGAUCUCGGUGAUGUGCGUGUCGGCCGUGCAGGUGGAGUGGGCCGAGGCGCUCGCCGCGCCGCUGCUGUCCGCGCUGUACCUGUGCGUGCGCCACGACGCGCCCGCCGCCCCCGCCGCCAGCGCCGCGCAUGCGCAGCCACACGCGCACGCGCACUCUGACUAUAAAGCGCGGUCGGACAGCAGCAGCGCGUCCGGCAGCGCGGACAGUCACUCGCUCGAAGACUUCGCCGCUGACGUUAGGGAGCUAGACCCGACAUCGCCUCUUUUCGGUGCCGCGCUAGUGGUGCGCGCCACUUACCUGGUGUGCCACCGGCUCAUAUCCUCGUGGAAGGGAGACUUGCAGGUGUCCCUCGCUGCCUUGGAACUGUUGUCUGGACUCGCCAAGCUACACUCGUCGAAGCCAGAGGCGAUCGAGCGCAAGCGCGCGGUGCGGUGGAUCUGCGACUACAUCAGCGUGCAGUGCGGGCGGCCGCCGCAGGCGCACUCGCGCGACCUGCACUCGUGCGUGGUGGCGGCCUACACGUGCCUGUCGGCCUGGCUGUGCCCCGCGCUGCUGGCCGACGCCGCCUGCCUCGCCACGCUCAUGGAGGUCGUCGAGCUCGGCAUCUCCGGCACCAAGAGUCAAGGUAAACCAGGUGAACCGCCCAAAAUGAAAGAUGAGAAAGAACUAAAGCCAGUCUCGAUGCGCGUGCGAGACGCCGCAGAAUCUCUUCUUAUGCAGAUAUUAGAACAGGUGGGCGAGGGCGCGCGCGGGUCGUCGUGGUGCCGCCUGGACGAGCGCUGGCUGGCGGCGCUGGGCCACGGCCCGCUGCGGCACUUCGUGGCGGACGGCGGCGUGCUGCUGUCGCUGCUCGAGGAGCCGCUCGCCAACAGCCAGGAGCCGCAGCCCACGCUCAUCGUGAUAAUCCGCUGCGCAUGGGGCCGGUACGCGUGGUCGCUGAGUUCGCGCGGCGCGGCGCGCAGUGCGGGUCGCGGCGCAGGCGCAUGCGCACGGCCCGUCGACAUGCGCGAUCCGCGCCCGGCGCCUGCGCCGCUGUGCCGCGCACUGCCGCACCCACCGCCCACCGCCCUUGACUCCGCAUUCCCAACCCUUGAAGCGGUACUUCGUCAGCUGAACGACCCUGAAGCCACCACUCUGUUCAAACUGCUCGAGCAACAGGCUGCCAUUGAGAAACGCGUCAGGGAGAGCGAGGACAACGUGGUUCCAGAAGAGUACGUGCCGCCCGAGCCCGUCACGGAGUUUCAGACGGCUAGAUUAUUUUUGUCACAUUUCGGAUAUUUGAACAUUGGCGGUGAUAAAAAGGGCGGCGCGUCGAGCAGCGGGUCCCGGCUGGUGGCGCUGGACUCGUCGCUGGCGGGGUUCGGCGCGGCGCUGCGGCGCGUGGACGCGUGCGCGCCGCGCGCCUGCCUCACGGUGCACGUGUUCUACGUGCGCGCCGGCCGCCUCGCCGCCGCCGACGUCGUCGCCAACGCGCGCCGCCCGCACGCGCUGCAGCCCGCCUUCGUGCACAUGCUGCGCGGUCUGGGCAAGCCGGUGCGCGUGCGCGGUCACGCGGGCUGGACGGGACACGUGGACACGAGCUACGACGCGCACCACGCACCGAACAACGCGCACGCCGCCGCGCCGCCCCCCGACCCCAACGCGCCCGCCAUCUACGACGGCAGGGAACAGGUGCUGUACUGGUCUGAUGCAACGAAUGAGGUGGCGUUCGUGGUGCCGUCCGGGUACGAGCUGGCCGACACGCUCGCCGAGGACCGCCCGCGGCACGACACCGCCGUCGACGGCUCCUGCGUUUCCGCUAGGGGCGCAGAGAAGGCGGCGGGUUCGUGCUGGGACGUGUCGGGCGGCAGCUCGGGCGCGGCGUCGUACGAGCGCAGCGCCAGCGAGUCGGAGCCGGGCGAGCGCGCGCGCGCCGCGCUCAGCGACAAGGUGCGCGCGCUCUCGCUCGAGCUCGACCGACACCCCGCCGCGCUGCCCGGUAGCGGCAGGCGCAACAGAGAUUUCACCACGAAAAUUCUUAUUAUUUGGCUAGAAGAUUUUGAAGAUCAUCUUAAUUUACCUAUAGACGACCUGCUGCGGUACUGCGAGACGGGGCUGCCGUGGCGGCGCGGCGAGGUGACGACGCUGUGCGCGGCGGCGCGGCGCUCGGGGCUGGUGCGCGUGCGCGCGGCGCCCGGCGCGGCCGGCGCGCUCGCCGACGGCGCGCUGCUGGCGCCGCGCCUGCUGCCGCACUGUCUGCGCCGCGCCGCGCUCGACACCGCGCGCCGCGCCCGCCUCAACACCGACCUGUGCGUGCACUCUACACCCACUAGUCACUAUACAGUAUACUAAUCACACGGGCGCGCUCGCCGACGGCGCGCUGCUGGCGCCGCGCCUGCUGCCGCACUGUCU